ACGAUAGAAAAUAUCAAGACCAAAGUACAAGAUGAAGAAGGGAUUCCUCCUGAUCAACAAAGACUUAUCUUUGCUGGUAAACAAUUAGAAGAUGGAAGGACUCUUUCCAGAUUGUAACAUUCGGAAAGAAUCUAUUUUACAUUUAGUUUUGCGUCUUCGUGAAGGCUGGAAUACUUGAAUCAAAAGAUUAUAAACCCUUUUGUAGUAAAAUUUAGUAAAUGUCGUAGUGUAUCUACUGAUAGUAACUUAUUCAUUUUGUAUAUUUAUUUGAAAGUUUUAUUUCAAAGUUAUUUAUGCGAUGUAUGGUACGAUUUAAACAAAAAUCGUAAUAAAUCUGAGCACAGGCAUUAAUUAUCAUAUGCAAGUGUGCACGUGCUCCAUAUAUGUAAACAUUAAUCAAUUAAAAAUUUUAUUAAUCCUUAAUUAUACUACUUUAUCAUUUAUCAAGUAUUGCGUCAUAUAUAAUAAUAAAAUAAGUCUUUCUCAAAUUUUCAAGCAAAGUAUAAACAGUAUAUAGAGAGACAGCAGCUUCGAUUUUUUAAAUUAAAGGUAAGGUUAUGGUAUUAGAGUAUAGAUGGCAUCACGAGGCUUCCCGAACAAACAUGUCUGUAAUAAGCGGACAGCUAUAAUUAAGAUAGAAAUAGAUUAAUGCGAACAAUAUUUUCCUUGCAAUAUUUUUAAUAAAACGAUUAUUGAUAUCGAUAUAAAAUACUUGUCAAAAACAAUAGACAUUCGUUAAGAAAAAUUGAAGAGAAAAAGAAGGUACUAAAAAUCAUUUUUAAAUAAUCGCAUGAGAAACGUGCGAAAUUUGAAUAACAAACGACCAAACAAUUAUUUUUUUGUGUUCAAACUUAUGUAACAUCGAAAACUGUAGAUAAAGUUAAAUGAUCGUAUAAGUCGUAUACGAUGUGGUCCGCCUUCGACCCUGUGUUGCUUUUGUUUGGAGAACGGAUCGAGAACAAGGUCACGCAGGUAAAAUGGCAGUCGGAGUACCGAGAUCGGUCGUGGCUUGACGAUAACCUCGCGUCGUGACGCGUGUAUCGUCUACAUUUUUUACGCGAAUAAACGAUUAAGUGACAUUAGUUCAUUCAACGACAAUAGGACAAGUGAAAAUGAUCGAUACUUAAUAGAUCGAAAUAAUUUAUUUUCAUUAGGAUCAUAGAGAUAGAUCUUCUCGAUCGAUUUGGUAUAAUCGUGCGGUAUGAUAAUCGCAGGAGGCGUCGCACGCAGCCACUUGCGAUCUGAUAAAAGAGUUGAAAGAGAAUUUUUUUUUACAAUCUACGUGUUCUAUAUCAGAAGGCAAUUCUGAUAAAGGCUCUAGUUUCUACCUGAUCGUUUGGGCGAAGCCUCAUCGACGGUAACAAUGAAAAUGGAGGCGGAGCAUAGAUUGGAGCAGUUAAAAAAGGCAACAGACAGAAUACAAAAGGAGAUCGAAGAGGUCACGGAGAGGGAGCACGAGCUACGAAACGUGGGUAGCAUUAAAACCACGUCGCACGAGACAGUGGAUUCCAAGGUGAGACGUAUGCCUCAAGCUUUGGCAUCGAGUAAAUUGAAGAGGGCGACGUCAACGCCGCAGAUUCUCGAAGCUGUUAAUCUUGUCCCUUCGACGCAAUCUACUUUACCAAAAAUGACGAACGGUGUGAUAUCUUCAAAUUCAACAACGAGACCUUUACGUUUUGCUACAGCACCUAGCCAGAAAGGAUUGAUGCAUAGGUUUCUAGCAACAAGAGGAAAGAUUUAUAAAUCUAAUACAACACCUAAUGAUCUUAUAACUUCGUCUACCACUGUACCUACCAUUGCACUUAAUCCUAUAAGCGUAAAAGCUUUUAAUCGUAGUUUGAAGAUACAACUCGAGCCAGACGAUGAGCCUAAAAAACCUCCUGUUAGGAAGGGUUACGUACCUGUCGAAGAAAAAAUUCAAAAAGAAUUGCACGAGAUGAAGGAACGAGAAAAUGAACUUAGAUUAAUGCGUUCUCAAAUGUUAGCAAAAUCUCAACCGAAUCUCUUAGACAUCGGUAAUGAUAAUGAUUCCGAUAUCUACGAUGGUACAGGCUCCUUAAGAAGCGGAGCAUCAUCUAAUACGUUAAACGAAGAUGAAAUAGAAAGAGAAAACAAAGGCAAACAUAAGUGAAAUUAUUUUUAGCCGAAUCCACGACGUCGAAGUACUCUCAUCGCUCAAUGGGAAAAUCUUAUAGCUGCGAAGAAAGAAUCCACUGAAAAUAAUCAUGAAAACGAUAAUGCUUUUUGAAAAAUGAUUUAUCGUUAAUGUUUUUCUAAGGUUUUUUCUGUCCUAUUUGUUCCGUACGUUUGAUAAAUCUAUUAUUUAAUCUCUCUUUAUAUAUAUUUUUUAGGUACGUAAUAUAUAUAUAUAUAUAUAUAUAUAUAUAUAUAUAUGUAUGUAUAUGUAUAUAUUCUAUGUAUCACCGAGUAAUAAAUUAUAAACGAAUAUUUAUUAAAACAUGAAGACUUGAAUAAAAAAUUUAUAUACGCGCGCGUACACGCACACACACUCACACACACAGAUUGCGGUGUAGACGUGCACACUGCGGAUAUUAUAAUAGUUUUGUAAUAUAAUAUUUCUCCGCAUUUUUAUACAUAAAUAUUGGAAUCUUAGGAAAUAGCUUUAAUACUAUUGAUUUAAUAUCUGUUUGUUGUUGUCUGAUAAUAACGAAGUAUGAUUAAGUUAUUAAUUAAUUAAGAAUUAGUUCUGAAAUAUAUUUUUUUACUAGUAGGAACAAGUAGAUAUUCUGCAAAAUAACUUGUAAUAUUUACUCAACAAGAAGGUACAUAUACAUGUAUACAGUAAUUAAUUGAAAACUAUAAAUUAAGUAAGAAAUAAAUCCAAAUGUAUGUG